GUGAACAGGCUAACAUGCAAGGCUACAGAGGUUUCAGUGGCGGAGGGGUCGUCGGCGUCGGGCGGAGGGGAUAAUGGGAAGUUCAAUUGGGUGCCAGUGGUUCCGCUGUCAGCACUGCCGAAAGGAGAGAGACGUGUAAUUAUACAAGAUGGUGAAACUAUACUGUUGCUUUGGUAUAAAGAUGAUGUUUUUGCUAUUGAGAAUCGUUCCCCUGCUGAAGGUGCUUAUAGUGAAGGCCUCCUUAAUGCCAAGCUCACUCAGGAUGGAUGUAUCGUGUGUCCAACAACAGAUAGCACAUUUUAUCUGCAAAAUGGAGCCAUCAAAGAAUGGUACCCCAAUAAUCCUGUGUUGAGAGUCCUUACUCCUGCCUUGAGAAAUUUGUUUGUUUAUCCUGUUAAAACGGACGAUGAGAAUAUCUAUAUUAGCAUGAGAGGAGGCGGAAAGGUUGACGCAUCUGCAGAGAUUGUUUUCAGCGGAAAGGCUCAACCUGGUGUCACAGCAUCUGACGUCAAUGUAGACGAGGUAAGAAUGGUUAUCGACGAAGGUCAAGAGGCCUUUGGAUUCACUGGAAGGAAUGAGCUGAUAAAUGGAAAAGCAGCAGUAAUUGGUUUCCUAUUGCUGUUGGAUUUUGAACUCUUGACCGGUAAAGGUCUUCUCAAAGGAACAGGGUUCUUGGACUUCAUUUACUCAGUUUCAGAUGCUUUCAAAUGAAACCAUUUCACUAAUGGAAAAUUUCCCUACUAAGUAUACAUAAAUUCUUACUCUUCCUCCGUCUUUUUUCCCUUUUCCUGUUUUUCUGACAAAUUUGCUUUGGUUUCAAAUAAGCUAAAACAAAGAAUGUUGAUCUUUUUAUAUGUUGUCCAAUUUUAUGGAUUAGUGAAUUAUAGACCAUUGAAUUCCAGCUGAAGAAUGUAGAAAUCCUCCUGUUUUGUAUAAUAUUAAAUAGUAUGUGCCUUUGAGUUGGAGUA